GGAAAUCUCCCUACAAAAUGUGUGGGCGAGAACUCCUCGGCAUGUGUAAGGCACCCCCGCCACAGAAGCUCUCGCCAGACAUCCGCCGCCAGGGUUAGGGUUGGCCCCACAUUGGGGGAUUCACCUGGUAUUCGUAGCUUCGGGCCUUCGGCCACUGAACUUAGAGAAAACAAGCUAUUCCAUCGACAAAUUUUCACCCCCGAGCCCCAAGCGACCGAGCCCAGCAAAUACAAUGUCCGACAAAGACAAGAUUGCACAGCUCCUUCGCGAGCUGGAGGAAGUCAAGGCACGAGAGGAGGAAGCCAAGGCACGAGAGGAGGAAGCCAAGGCACGAGAGGAGGAAGCCAAGGCACGAGAGGAGGAAGCCAAGGCACGAGAGGAGGAAGCCAAGGUACGAGAGGCGCGAGAGCGACAAGAGAAGGAGCGGCUUCACCUGGAGAACCGACGGACCACGCUCAACGAAUACCUGGGGAACUGCCACAGUCUUCUCUACGACAGCCUACGACUUGCCGACGCAUCCAUAUCUUCAACAGGCUUCACAAAUGUCUUGGGCAAGUACUACCCUAAGCAACUUCGUCCUUGGACCGAGUUCGAAACCGUCCUCCUGCCACGACACUUCGGUUUAAUGAGCAGGAUCUGUGGCGAGAAGCGACGCUUCCACCAAAAGAGCACAACCAUGGAUCUGGGGGCGGUAAUUGCCCGGAGGGCAGCUGGUAACGAAAAUGCGAUCGAAUACUUCGAGAAGCUUGCUGUCGAGGAGCCCGUUGCGGAGAUCGUCGGUGUCCUCGCGACCGACGAGGAAGCUCGCGUCGCGUACGACUUUACGGGGUUUCGGUUUAGCGGGAACCUCCGCGAGCUCACACAAACGAGUAAUUGGAGUGGGAUGAUAGAGGGUGAGACCAGCGAGGGUGGUUCGGAACAACGACGGCAAGCUGGGCCGAACAAGCGUCUCGCGCUCGAGCAGAAGCAUAAACACCCAACGAUACAACCGGACGGAAUCGGCUUACGAACACGAACCGACGGCGGCCAGACCCAGGCCUUUGUAUACGACUAUAAGGCAGCCCACAAAGUCGCUACCGAGCAUCUUCGGUCAGCCGUGGCGAAGGAGCACCUGUUCCGCGAGGUCGUCACCCGGGUCAACGGUGUCAAGCUCAGCCGCGAUACUAAAGUACAACACCGGGAGGAGGCCGAGGCAUUCAUCGCCAUGGCACUGACCCAAGUCUUCGACUAUAUGAUUACCUACGGGAUAUCAUAUGGCUAUAUCGCUGCGGGACGGUCGUUACUACUGCUCUAUGUCGAUAGGAACGACCCGCAAACGCUGUACUGCCAUCCGUGCCUGCCGGCCGACGAUGUGGGCGAGCUGACCGGCGACUGGACCGACCGCCUGUCCCGUAUCGCAGUAGCUCAGCUAGCCAGCUUUUGCCUACUGAGUUUUCAGUCCGAAGCUCUUAGGGGACCAUCACUCCUAACAACAUUAUCUAUGGCGGAGACAACACUACAAAAAUGGCCGGAGCCAUAUGAGGAUGCGGCCUAUCCCGGGCUCAAGCCCGCCGAGUCAUCGUCCACGCAGUCAUCGUCCGCGCCGUCAUCGCAGGCCUCGGACGGCUCGGAGUUUGAGUCUGACGCGGAACCGACCGGUCGCAAGGUGGGCUUGCGGCCUCGGUCGUCUUGUAAGCCAGCAAGUAUGCUCCCCCAAGGCGAUGAGGAUGACGAGGAUGACGAAGAGGACUAUCCGGAAUACGACCCAUCUCAAUCCCUACCGGCCAAUAAGCGGAAGGACGGUCCGUCGAGUGGUAGCGAGGACGAGGAUAUCGCCAUAGUCGACUCGGCACCCACCAGGCAAUACUGCACACAAGCGUGCCUGUUAGGUCUUAAGAGACGGAAAGACUUGGACGAGAAUUGCCCCAAUAUCUUAUUACAUCGCUCCGACGGCUCCUCUCGGCAUCCCGUCAAUGCUGACCAGUUUACCGAUCUGGUGAAGCAGCAGCUCCUCCGGGAUCCCUACUGGAAAUGCCAGAUAGUGGACUUCUGGAGCAAGAGAGGAGCGAUAGGCUGGCUUUUCAAGCUGGAGCUUAUUCCAUACGGCUACACAUUUGUCGGCAAAGGGACGCUAGGAUGCCAUCUCGGUCGUCUGAAGCACGAAGGCCAAGUCUACGCACGACUUGACGAUCUCCAGGGCGAGUUAGUACCAGUACAUUUGGGCCUCGUGCGCCUCGAUCCUGGCUAUAUCCUACCGGGGUUCAAGUUCGUCGUUCACAUGAUGCUUAUGUCGUGGGCGGGCGAGACACCAGACGCCAGCGUAGAAGACGUAAAGACGCUGAAGGACAAGUCGUUGACGGCCAUCUUGAGGAAGGGUGUUGAUCCUAUGGAUCACUGCAGCGGCAAUUUUCUCUGGAACGCAGAGCGCCGUUGCAUUAUGAUUAUCGACUUCGACCGAGCCCUCCUCUUCCCACUCCCCAAGCACCAGGCGGUUUCCAGGCUAUCCGGGCCGCCCAAGAGGAAGCGUGGCCGUAUCGAGGCCGACGCUCGGAACCGUAGGGCCCUUACUUCCCUAUAAAGGGAUCCCUCCAGGCACCCAAUUUACACUUAACGGGAAUUCUCAGAUUGUCGGGCGCAAGGCCCGUCUUCUUGCGGAUCGGCAGGAGUCCGAGGCCGGUCAUUAGGUGAAUGAUGAUUUGAUAGGGAACGAUAUCUCUAGCUGGCCGCUGGCCUUGGCAUUGUGGUUAUUUUGUACAUAUGGAAUAUGGGGCAAAAAGUCUUCGUCACUCGCCAGGGUGCCCGGGUCCUCUGAAUCCGUACGAGAGGCCGAGGGGAAGUCGUUUGCACUAUAUUUUGUUAGCGUUCUACAUUCCCUUUGACCCCUCAUUAGGGUUGCACCAAACUUGUAUCUUAGAAUCCACCCAUCCAUACGGAUCCGUACCACAAUUGAAGCUGAAUUCGAAGUAAUGAUAUAUACACGCGUUACGAAAUGUUUGCGAUAGC